AUCCACUAUGAGUAAUAUUUUAUGAAUGUUCUCCAACUCACCCACCACCAUGACACCUUAACUUAGAUAACCCACUAUCCCCACUCUUUCUUUUUAGUUCUAACCUUCCCUUAUAAAUUCACAAACCAUUCCCCCAAACCAACAACAACAUCAACAACCCAUACAAACAAACAAACUAUCCAUUUCCCAAUCAACAAGAUCUCCUUUCCCAACAAACACCCAAAGAAAUCAACCUUAAAUCAAACAAGAAAAAGAGAUGAGAACUCUAAAAACCUCAGUAGUAUCAUCAUCAACUUCUUCCUUAAAACUAUCUACACUAUCAUCGGAACCGCCAGUCACAACUCCUCCGGCGGCCACCGUGUUACAAAAGUCGCCGUGGCACUCUCCGGUGCCGUACUUAUUCGGCGGCCUCGCCGCCAUGCUGGGAUUAAUCGCUUUCGCCCUUUUGCUCCUCGCUUGCUCUUACUGGAGACUUUCCGCCGCUAACUCCGCAAGUGAAGAAAACAGAGACAUUGAACAGGGCGAAGGCGGCGCCGCCGGAGAUGAGAAACCCCAUAAUCCGGCGGCCGUGAAAGUUAUGCCGAUUUUCGAGGAGAAGAUUGUGGUGAUUAUGGCUGGUGAUAUUAAGCCAACUUUCCUCGCAACCCCGAUUUCGAACAAGGCCAUUUCUUCCAAGAACAAUGAGAAUCUCGGGAAAGGAAUGGAAGAAAUUGUAGAGAAGCCCAAAUUUGAGGUCUCCGACCAGAACAUUCUCGGAAAUGUUGAGGACGAUAAAACUCACGAAGAAGCGGCGGCGCCGGCGGUCGGAGACGGCCAAGAACAGAACUAAUUAGCCCGGGGUUAUUUGGUCUUUUUUCCUUUUACAUUUUUACAGUAAGAGAGGAAAGAUCGAAAGAAGGGUGGGACAAAAAAAGAGUUUCUUCAACUUUAACCUGUUGAAACUCAAUUGCUCUUUUACCCUUCUUAAUUUUUGGCCCUUUCUUUUAGGUUUUUCUUUUUCUUUUUCUUGUUUUAUCUUCUUCCAUCGUAUUGUCCAUUUUAUGCGUGGGGCUUUCCGGGAAAUGUAAAUUUUUUGCGUUGAGAAUUGAGAUGAAAUGAAAAGGAUUCAAAUUUUGCAGUACC